AUGAACAAGGAAAUUACCAAUUGGGCAAGAGCUUGUCAUUCCUGUCAACAAAAUAAAAUUCACAGACACAACAACACCAUUCCGGAACAUAUUCCCAUAUCAGAAGGACGAUUUGAUCAUAUACAUGUUGACAUAAUCGAACCAUUACCGAACAUCAAAAACUAUCGGUACUGUGUAAUAUUAAUCGACCGUUUCACGAGAUGGCCUGAAGCAGCACCCGUACAAGACAUAUCAGCAGAUACAGUAGCUAUAUUAAACGGCUGGAUAGCACAUUUUGGUGUACCUAUAACGAUAACAACGGACCAAGAAAAACAAUUUGAAUCCCAGUUGUUUAACGCGCUAACGCAAAUGAUGGGAAGCCAACGCAAAAAAAUCUUAGUAUAUCACCUGGAGACAAACGGAAUCAUCGAAAGAUGGCACAGGUCAUUAAAAACUGCAAUCCAUUGUCAUCAAGAUAAAAAUUGGAUACAAGCAUCACCUUUAGUACUUCUGGGCUUACGCACCAGCAUUAAAGAAGACAUAAAGCAGAAUCAUUUACUACAUUGGCAGAACUACCCAGAUAACAUAGAGAUGAACAGAAGUUCCUAG